GAGGCAGGCGGCAUCGGGUUUCACAUCCUGAUCCUGCGGCUCUCCGGAGCAACAGCUUUCCCUCAGCCUGCGGAGCAUUAGGGGAAGAGCUCGGGCGGCGCGGUCCGAGUAGGGACAUGGCGGAAAGCUCAGAUUGGGUGGAGAUCAUUGAGCCACGUUCUCGGGAGCGAAUGUAUGUCAACUUGACAACCGGUGAGUGUGGCUGGGAGCCACCUCCCAACCUCAGAGUUCGUCAGUCAGAUGAAAACCAGUGGUGGGAACUCUUUGACCAAAACAACAACCGCUUCUACUACUACAAUGCCAUCACACAGCAAACAGUGUGGCACAGGCCACAGGGCUGUGACAUUGUUCCCCUUGCUCAGCUCCAAGCCAUGAAACGCAGUUCCCAGUCUGAGUUCAGGUCGUCCCAGCACAGGGGUAGCACAAGCAGUGAAGGACGAAACACUCCCAUUCAAGUGGGCCUUUUACAAGAGAUAGAGAAGGGUAAAGAGGACAACAGUCUGGAGAAGAAACCGGACACUGGAAGGGAUACACCUACCCGGUGGCAGCCUUUACCAGGCACUAAAGCAGCCAUGCUUGUCAAAGUCAACAGCCUGAGACAAGUAAAUUCUUCUUCAAGCAAUUUGCUUCAGAUGCAGGGUACUGCAGAAGCCGGCAGCCAGAAAUCUCUACUUCCCAAACCAGUUCUUUAUGCCCAGCCUCAGUCUACAGCCCCAAACCCAUCUGCUCAAAAACCAGCAGCUCCGAUGGAAACAAAGCAGUCAAUGCAAAUUAAGAAGACAGAGAAUGGAGGGUUUUGUUUAGUGUUAACUAAUGGGCUCCCUUAUCCGCCUCCUUCAGGGAAUCAGACUCGAGCAUCACAGCCUGCAUCUCCCAAAUAUGCUACUCCAGCACCAAUAUAUGAUGAGCCAUCGAUCGACUUGCCAAUUUAUGAUGAGCCCCCUGUAGAUAUGGACACUGGCAGCGUAAAUGUGAAUGGGACAAAUCCGCAAAUAACGCCAAGCAAUAGCUUAAGUAAGAAGCCCCAACAAAUUAAGUUAUUACAACAUCCAAGUAUGCAGCAGCAUCAAGCUGGAAAAAAACAUGUGAGAAAUUCUUCUGCAACAGAAUACAGCCCCGUUGGAAGAGAAUAUAUUAAACAUAUGGUCAACAUAGACCAGUCUUCCAAAAGUCCUCAUUCUACAGGAGCAAUAGGUGAUGGCGUUGUUAAACCGCAGCUAGGACAGCUGAGUUCUAGGGACAGCUUCAAGCACUCUUGGAAAAUCUUGGAAGCUAAUGUUCUCAAAAAUAUGGAAGCCCACCAUAAUCGGCAGAACAGUCUGCAGACUCAAGAAUACCCUACAGUUGUCAGUCAGCAAGAUUCUGGUUAUUCAACAGGGCCUUCUCCAAGCUUGAGAAAGAGAAAGGGGAGACGGCAAGCUCCAGGCCAAGGCAGGCCAGGCUCUGUGGGCAGCAGCUGUGAACUGAGUGCUCUGAAUGAUAAGCUGAUUGCUGAGAUGCGUGCUGUGGUGAAUAGAUCGGCUGCUUGUAGAGGGAGCAAAGGUAGCUUAGAUGCAGAAAUGCUGGAAAAUUCUAAUCUGCCAGAGGGAAAUAAAAUUAAGUUUCAGUCAGACCGCUUGAAAAAAUGCAGUAGCAGGAGCUCAAGAGACGACGUGACCUCUAGUAACAGGUCACUAUAUAGACCCACAGUGAACAGUAGAGGGAGCAUUUCAAAUGAUCUGGCAAUACAGCAAGACAUCGUGAGGCAAAAGAGAACAUACGAAAAAAUCGAUUCUUUAGAAAAGAAUAUGAACAGUCAGACAAAUCUGUCUUCGUUGGACACAGCCCAGAUACCAUCCCAGAAUGGGGCAACAGAGUCAGAUUCCCAGCAAGAGAAUAAUGACCAGCCUGGCACAAACAUGGGGUAUCAGUAUCCGUUCCACACCAUACGGAAGCCCAUCUCUCAAAUCAGCAUGGCAGACUGGGCUUCCAAAAAUUUGAACAUGCACACCCAGGGCAUUUUUCGCCGAAGGCUCUCUAUUGCCAACAUGCUCUCCUGGAAUGGAGGAUCCAUCAAAAAACCAAUGCUCAUCACCAGCAACCACACCAUCAAAAAGGAAGCGUGUGAACUAUUUAAACUGGUACAAAUCUACAUGGGUGACCGGCAAGCCAGGAUGGACAGGGACCAUGUGGCCUUGAUCGCCGUUACCAAAUGCUGGAGCAUUCAAGGCUUACGGGAUGAGCUGUACAUACAACUAAUCAGACAGACAACGGACAAUAUGUGCUAUCGAAGCCUGGCGUGGGGCUGGGAAUUCAUGGCCAUCAGUCUGGCCUUUUUCUCUCCAUCACCCAAAUUCCAAUCGUACCUGGAAGGUUACAUCUAUCGUCAUCUCAGCGAGGUUAAUGAUGAAAAUAUUAUCCAGCGCAUUAAGGAGCUUCUGGAUCUGAAAAACAAAAAGAACUCAAAAUCCAGGAAAAAGAGGAAGCAAAACACAGAGGAUGAAGGUCUGCCUAUCAGCACAUAUGCCAGAUACUGUUACCGGAAGCUGCAAAAGGUUGCUGUCACUGGAGGCAAAAAGGGGCUUCGGAAACCUACGAUUGAAGAGAUAACCCAUGCUAAGAAUGCUAUUGUGACCCCUUCGCUGUUUGGCAGUUCUCUGGAGGAAAUCAUGUUGCGGCAGCAGGACCUGUACCCUGAUAACAAGCUGCCUUGGGUACAAACGCAGCUGUCUCAGCAAGUUCUGCAACUUGCUGGCGAAAAGACUGAGGGAAUAUUCAGAAUUCCUGGUGACAUCGAUGAAGUCAAUGCGUUAAAACUACAGGUGGAUCAGUGGAAAAUUCCUGAUGAUCUUAGUGAUCCCAAUAUACCAGCUUCUCUGCUGAAGCUCUGGUACCGAGAGCUGGAAGAGCCUGUCAUCCCGCAGCAGUACUACAAAGAGUGUAUUAGCAAUUAUGAGAAUCCUGAUGCUGCUGUGGCAGUGGUGGAUCUCCUGCCAGAACUCAACAGAUUGGUCUUGUGUUACCUCAUCCACUUCUUACAGAUUUUUUCUCAGCCGGCCAAUGUGGGCAAGACCAAGAUGGAUGUAAACAAUUUGGCCAUGGUUAUGGCUCCCAACUGCUUGCGAUGCCAGUCUGAUGACCCGAGAGUCAUCUUUGAAAACACCCGCAAAGAGAUGUCUUUCUUGCGCAUGUUAAUAGUGCACUUGGACACCAACUUUAUCAAAGGCAUGGUGUGAAGGGCUGGCUUCAAUCAAGGAAGUACGAUGGGAGCAAGGAACUCUUGCCGAUAUUACUUUCUGUAAGCCAUGGAUCUUGUGGUCUGCAUUCUCCAGGCUCUUGCAAUGGUUUCUGUUGCUGUUAACAGACAUUCCUUAGCUACAACAACAGUGCUGAUGAUUUCAGAGAAGCCCUACAGUGAUGCAAGUGAACGAUCAUAUCAGAAAGGGUAGGGAGGAAUCAGCAAGCCAGCUUCCAGCCCAUGCUCUGAGGGCUCUCCGAAGGACUUUCAAGGGAAAUUCCUGGGAAGAUGGGGUGCUAAGGCAGAUGAGUUCCUGCUUAAACAAAAUACCAGUAUUGAGCUGUGCUGUUGUGCACUGGGAAUCCACUGCACAUUAAAAGUGGAAUUUAUUGGGAUCCUACCCCUAGAACAAACAGCUUUCAGGUAUUAGGAUUUUGUUUCCACCUUCUGAAGGUUCAUUACUAAACCAGUUAUGCUUCAGUCUCAGAAAGACUAGCAGGCCACUGUAUCACCUAUUGGGCCUCAGAGCAAACCUCCAGAAGCCUGCUCUGCCAUUCACAUUGAUGGCUCCAUCUUUCUCCACUUGCCUUUUCCACCUUUAAGGUUGCUUCUCCUACCAAAGGCUCAGUUUUGCAGCUCAGGGGUGGCUGUGGUUUGCAAUCUGCAUUUGCUGUCCUCCAGCUGGAGUACUUUUACUGCUCAGUUCAAAUUAAAAGGAACAAGCAGGCAUCUCAGUUGAAGGCCAAGGUCAGCAUCAAUAUUAAACAAUGGUAAAAAUUGUCUUGGGCCAGAAUUUAAGAGACAGCAAACAUUUUGAGAAAGUGACAGCAUGUCCCUUCCCUUUCCUGCCAUAUUAUACUAUUCUGUUUUUAAAAAAUUUACCCCAGUGUGCCAGUUAGUUAUUUGUGUCAGAGAUCUCUGUGUCCCUUUGAGUUACAGCUAAGCCACAGCAAUGUAAAUAGUUAAACUUCCAGAAUGGAACUUUUCCUACAUGAUAAACUUCAAUCGGUUCUUAAGCUGCCUUUCUCAUUGUUCCUGUAAGGAUUAAAAUCAGGUAUCAUGUAACUGCUGGGAGCAAGCAUGAGUAGUCCAAAGAUGCUCUUUGACCUCAAGACUGUGUUUUGUUUUCUAUUUGUCAUUCAGGCUUAUUUGGAGAGUUUGAAAGAUAUGGGGUCUUGGUCCCUCUGAUAUGAGGAAAGGAUGCUGAGUAACAUGUACUGUGCAGCUCUGGACUCCAUUCUACCUUUUCUUUAAGAAGUUGUGCUUCCUCCACUGAGGUCCCACUCCUCUGAUCAUUCUGCCCUUUGGCUUCAGUUAGUGGGAUUCAUGAUAACUAAAUAGAAGGGGACUGUGCCCUCAUUAAUUCUGCAGCUUUUUGAAACAGGAGCCUUCCACACUUACUUCCUGUGUCACUUGUGCAAGCACGCACACCUCCUUUAGUUAUUUUCUCAACAGAUCUCUUAGAAGAUGGAGUCAAGAUUAUUCAUUCUUAUAGUCAGUGCUAAGCCAUUUUCUGGGUCAGUGAUAAUUUGAUGGAUCUUGAAAUUACUACUAUUGAAACAGUGGUCAAUGUGAUCUUAUUGGUAACAGGAAUGCUUGUUUCCCUUUAUCCUCCAUGCACUGUGAAACGUAUUAGGAGACUAUACCAUCUCAUUAUAUGGAAUGAAAACUUGCUACUGUUUCCCUAUCUGAGCCAGUUCUAUAAAGUCAGGUUCUUUAACUCUGUGUAGACAGUAAUGCCAAAGACCCCAUUAUUCUUUACCCUUAUAGUGUGCCUUUCCCCCAGCUAUCUUUUGUGAUUAAGUUUCUUUUCCAUAUCAAGACCAUCUACACUUGAUCACCUGGGAAAUGCUGACUCCCAAUAUGCAAGCAAGUCCAUUCUCCAGGUCAAAACUACAGUAAAAUGAACAUUUUCCCUAGAGUUGAAAAGUGCGAAAUGACUUUUUUGUGUACAUAUCCCUAUCCCUACUUUAUUUCUCUGGUUGCCACUCGUGGGGAUAGGAAAAUGUCAGGGUUAUAUUGUCCCCAACUUUUUCAGGUACGUGUUACCAAGGAGACAAGAGUGGUGUCUGCACAUCUCUAAGUAACCUGUAGUUUGGGCCUGAGCUGAGCCAAUACGAUUCAUGCAUUCUCUGUGACAUAUCUAGGGUGCUCUUGCUGUUUCUUAGGGACAGCUGCAUUUGAUGAAGAAGAAUAGCAUGAUUCCUCUGAGGAGCUGGGUGCUAUCCAAAAAAGCUCCUCUGCCAGAAUUUGGCCAGUGCCCUUUAGAAAAAAUCUGAAAUGAGACCUUUCUCCUUAUGCCAGAUACUUGGGGAGGCAAUCUUAUACACACUUAUGUUGGAGUCAGCCUUACAAACUUAGUUGCUUCCAAGUAAAUGUGCGUAGGAUCAAAUGUUAAUAUAUCAGUUGAGAAAUCUCCUUGGACUUGCUAGAACAGGAAUACCUUAGUCCUGCUUCUAUUACUUCUAUUACAAAGCUAAUAGAAUAACUUUUCUGUUUCAUUCAGAGCAUGUAUCCAUCCAGUAGACUAUGGACAUGAAAACUGGCUCCUUUUGUGGCUAAGCAAUAAGGCAGGGGUGUCCAACUCUGGCACUUCAGAUGUUCGUGGACUACAAUU